GAUGACAGCAUUCAAACUAUGUUGUAGCAAGAAAUUAAUCUAACUGGAGAAUCAUAGCAGGUGGGUCUGCAUUAAUAUCAGUCAAUGAAUAUUUAUGAAGAGAUGGAAAGUUUGAGCUUUCAGAUCCUGCGUUCUGAUUGGUGGUGGUGGGGAUUUAUGAGCCGUCAAGCUCAGCUGAAGAUCUGUAUAAAGCCGAGGCUGUCAUCAACCUGAAACACAACCCCACAGAAUCAGCAGACGUCUCCUGUUUUGAUCUCUUGUGUUUGGUAUAAUUGCAGACAUGCUUCUGAAAAACGGAUUUCUUUUGCUCUUCGUUUUGGCUGCAUCUGCAUUUGGAACAGAUCAAGAACCUGCACAACCAAGACGAGCACGAUUCUCAGCCAACAGCCCUACUGAGGUUGUCCGCUGCCUGAAGGGUGCUCUGCAGGUGGGCUGCUCCACCUUUGCAUGUCUGGAAAACUCAACCUGCGACACUGACGGAAUGCACGAGAUCUGUAACAUGUUCUUCCACACAGCUGCAGUGUUCAACACAGAGGGUCAGACAUUUGUGAAAGAGAGCAUCACGUGCAUCGCCAACGGUAUCACCUCUAAGGUCUUCCAGACCAUCAAACACUGUUCCACCUUCCAGAAGAUGAUUGCUGAAGUGCAGGAGGAAUGCUAUAAGAAGCUUCACAUCUGCAAAGUGGCCCAAUCCAACCCUGAGGCCAUUGGUGCCGUGGUCCAGGUGCCCAGCCACUUCCCAAACAGGUACUACAGCACACUUCUGCAGAGCUUAAUGGAGUGCAACGAAGACACCGUGGAGGUGGUGCGAGCCGGGCUGCUGUCCAGACUGGGACCUGACAUGACCACGCUUUUCCAGCUGCUUCAGAACAAGCCCUGCCCAUCCGAACCUGCUGCCGCCGGGCCUUCUGGGAUGAAGGGCCACAAUGGCUUCCGCUGGCCCAUAUUCAAGGUCCAGGCCAACCUGCCCAACAGGGACCCCACUAACAUCAUCGCCAGGAAGCGUUCAGUUGAAGGAAGCUCUUAGAGUAGCACACGGCUCUCCAUUUGCAUCAUGCAUCACGCUGAAGUGUAUAAGUGGAAGAUGGUUAUUAGUGAUUAGUGCAUUAAAAAUUUAGUUUUAUUAAUGGGACACAACAGAAACCUUUGCUUAGUUCACAAAAACCAACAACUACUUGAUAUUUUAACUGCAUUACAUUGAAUAUACUUGCCAAUGUCAUGUUUUAGACUUAUUUCAUUUUUGGUUUAUGGCCUAUUGGUUUAAGCUAAAUUGCAAUUACGCAGGAUAUAAUCAUGGAAAAAGGAAAACUGUCACCUUGACCAACUUGUAGUGGCAGGACAGAAAUAUUUAUUAGUGUACACUGAAAAUAAUUUAUAUUUAUUUUUCCUACCAAAUUUUGUAAUUUAUAUAGUUUAUUAUUGUUUAUUAUGAUCUGAGUCUGAAAAAAAGUCUUUAUUCAUUAAGAGAAAGUGAGACUACAUAUUUCUGGAUAUGUUUCAGAUAUGUUUCCUAUGCUGGCCAUGGGAAAUAUUAUACUAUGAUUAAGAAGGGCAUACUUUGUUCAUGUUGGUGAUAUUGUGUAGUUGAAUGUGCUUGGAUAGAAAUAAAAAUUGAAAACUGCCUGAUAUACUAAAUAGUUUCAUAUCUUUCUCUUUUUUCAUUGCUUUACGGUCUGAAAUUUGUCCAUCUUGUGGCCAGUAGGAUCCAUACAAACACUGUUACAAUAGAAUCUAAUGAAAACAUCGAAUUGUAAUG